AUGAAGAGUAAACACUAUGAGAAGGUCGACAACUUUGUUGAAAGGUUUUCUCCUUUUGUUUUGAAGUACGAGUUCACCGAAGGUCAAAGUGGCUUAGUAACCACAUUAAAACCUAUUGUCGAACAUUGGUCUUACCCUCAGUUCGCAAAGGCAGUCCUUGACAACUACAACAAAUUCUUCUCCGAUGUCAAAUCCAAAGUGAAGGUAUACUACGAGAACAUUGACGCACUCAUGACGAACGAAGAAGGAUACAACAAACUCAUUGAAAUGGGAAUGGUCGGUGAAAAGAUGGGCUGUUUUAAGCUAGACAAGGUAUUUUCCGAAGUUCAUGUCCUCUCCAAGCGUAAGUACUGGGGUAUACUUGAAGACGGCACAGAAAUAAAACAUUGCAUGAAAUAA